UCAUUUGAAUAAAGCUACAAAGCUUCACAAUGAAUAUAUGAUAAAAAAAAACAAAUUAACUCAUAAUGAUGAUUCUGGUUCAUUAGGUGUAAGAGUUAAAAAACAAAAUUAUGAUUAUUCAUAUGUUGGAGAAAAUAUAGCAUGGAAUUAUGAAAAUGAAUAUGAUGUUAUAAAAGGUUGGAUGAAUUCUGAAG